CCCACGUGUGCCGCCGCGCCGUGCAGUGCCGUGCCGUGCCGUGCCGUGCCGGCUCCCCGCUGCAGUCCCGGGGCGGCGGGCGGGCGCUGCGGUGCCGGCACAGCGGCAUGGCGGCGGGCCCGGGCCGCGGCAGCAGCGGCGGCGGCUGGGGCGGGAGCCGGGGCGCCGUGCUGCUGCUCUUCUUCUCGCUGUCGCCGCGGCCGCCGGCCGGGGCCGCCUGGCUGCUGGGGCUGCGGCCCGAGGACACGACGCCGGGCCGGGUGUCGCUGGAGGGCGGCGCGGUGCAGGCGGCGGAGGGCAGCCGCUUCCUCCUGCGCCUCUACUUCCAGCCGCCGCCCGAGGGCAACGGCAGCCGCGGGCCGGCGGGGGAGCGGGAGCCGCGGCUGGUCUUCAUCGAAGAGGCGGCGGCGGGGAGCACGGCGACGCGGGGCCCGGCGGAGCGGUGCCGGGAGCGCAGCGCCUGGGCCUCGGACGUGGAGGUGGUGGGGCCGCUGCGCUCGGGCGGCGCGGCGGGCUCGGCGCUGGCCGAGGUGCGGGUGCGGGAGCCGCGCAAGGGCGAGGCGGCGGCGGCGCCGGGCGGGCGGCUCUUCUCGCUGUGCGCCUGGGACGGGCGGGCCUGGGCGCACCACGGCGCGGCGGGCGGCUUCUUGCUGCGGGUGCGGCCGGCGGCCCCGCCGCUGGGCACUUGGCUGCUGCCGCUGCCCGAGGCGGGCUGGCUGCGGGCGCUGGGCGCCCUGCUGCUGCUGGGGCUCUCGGCGCUGUUCAGCGGGCUGCGCCUCUCGCUGCUCUCGCUGGACCCGCUGGAGCUCCGCGUCCUGCGCAACAGCGGCUCGGCCGCCGAGCGGGAGCAGGCGCGGCGGGUGCAGGCGGUGCGCGGCGGCGGCGGCACCUACCUGCUGUGCACGCUUCUGCUGGGGCAGGCGGGGGCCAACGCGGCGCUGGCCGGCUGGCUCUGCGCCUCGCUGCCCGGCGGUGGGCCGGCGGCGGCGGCCGGCGGGCCACGGGGAGCGCCCUGGCUGCCGGUGCUGCUGUGCACCGCCGCCGUCUUCCUGGGCGGUGAGGUGCUGCCCUACUCGGUGUGCUCGCGGCACGGGCUCGCCAUCGCCUCCCGCACGCUCUGCCUCACCCGGCUGCUGAUGCUGGCCGCCUUCCCCCUCUGCUACCCGCUCAGCCGGUUGCUGGACUGGGCGCUGCGGCAGGAGCUCAGCGUCUUCUCUACGAGGGAGCGGCUGCUGGAGACCCUGCGCGCCGCUGGCCCCCACGGCGACCUGGUGCGGGAGGAGCUGGCCAUGGUGCAGGGCGCGCUGGAGCUACGCACCAAGGUGGUGGAGGAUGUGCUGACACCGCUCGCCGACUGCUUCAUGCUCCGGGCCGAUGCUGUGCUGGACUUCGCCACCGUCUCUGAGAUCCUCCGGUCUGGCUACACCCGCAUCCCCGUCUAUGAGGGUGACCGGCGCGACAACAUUGUCGACCUGCUCUUUGUCAAAGACCUGGCCUUUGUCGACCCCGAUGACUGCACUCCCCUGCAGACUGUCACCCGCUUCUACCGCCGCCCGCUCCAUUGCGUCUUUAAUGACACGCGCCUCGACACGCUGCUUGAGGAGUUCAAGAAGGGAAAGUCCCACCUGGCCAUCGUGCAGCGGGUGAACAAUGAAGGGGAAGGAGACCCGUUCUACGAGGUGAUGGGCAUUGUCACCCUGGAAGAUGUCAUUGAGGAGAUCAUCAAGUCCGAGAUCCUGGAUGAGACAGAUCUGUACACUGACAAUCGGAAGAAGGAGCGGGUUCCUCACCGGGGACGCAAGCCCCAGGAUUUCUCCAUCUUCAGGCUCUCAGAGAGUGAGAUGAAGGUGAAGAUCUCCCCUCAGCUCCUCCUGGCUACCCAUCGGUUCAUGGCAACAGAAGUGGAGCCUUUCAAGUCUCCCUACCUCUCUGAGAAGAUCCUUCUGCGGCUCUUGAAACACCCCAAUGUCAUCCAGGAGCUCAAGUAUGACCGAAAGAACAAGAAGGCAGCAGAGCAUUACCUCUACCAGCGCAACCGCCCUGUUGACUACUUUGUCCUCAUCCUGCAGGGGAAAGUGCAGGUGGAGGUCGGCAAGGAAGGACUGCGUUUUGAGAAUGGGGCAUUCACCUACUAUGGUGUCCCUGCCAUCAUGGCUGUUGUCUCCUCAGAAAACGAUGUGCGAAAAAUGGGAAGCCUGGCAGGAUCCUCCUUCCUACUGCCUGUCUCAGUGUCCCGUACUUUCGCCUUCAGCAGAGGGGACUCCCUGGCUGGCUCUCCAGUGAACAGGUCACCGUCGCGCUGCAGUGGCCUCAACCGCUCCGAGUCCCCCAACCGGGAGGACUAUGGAGGCAGCAGCACGCAGCUCCACAGCAGCAGCAACAACAUCUACACGCCCGACUACUCCGUGCACAUCCUCUGCGACGUGCAGUUCGUCAAGGUGACCCGGCAGCAGUACCACAACGCGCUGGUGGCCAGCCGCAUGGACAGCUCACCCCAGUCCCCCGACAUGGAGGCCUUCGACAGGGAUUCAACCAAGGCCUCAAGUGCACGGGGAACCCCACAGACACCCAAGGAGGACCCUGCCACCCUCCUGAAUGAGAGGAACAGCAUCAUGUGCAGCCGCUCCGAGGGGCCGCGCAGUCCCAGCGAGUCGGUGUUCCUGCGCAUGGAGGGCAUCCCCUUCAUCCAGGAGGAGCUGGCUGACAACGAGGAGAACAGCAAACGGCAGAGUGAGUCUGGCUGGGGGGUACAUGCACCUGACCCCGGGGGUGGCUGGACACAGUGCCCCAAGGCGCUGCAGCCAUGCUGGGCUUUUGCAGACAGUGAGUGCUGCGGGACUGUCCUGGAAGCAGAGUCCCCGGGCAGAGAGGCCGGGACAAGCUCAUCACCGAGCAGCUCUGAGGAGGCGCUGGGCAAGAGGCUGCUGAGAUCCCUCAGUGGGCGCAAGCAGCGGACAUCAUCGGAAGGUGAAAAAUCGCCAGAGGAAAGCUCCAAUCUCGCCCCAUUAAUCACCUGAGCAGCAGCGUGGCCAGAGCACAAUGCUGGAGGCCCAUGCAGACUGGAGGUCUGCAGCAUGGGGGUCUCCUGCCAUGAGGCUCAUGUCCAACAGCAGGAGGUCUGCACUCGCUCGCUGCCUGUCCGCCCGCUCGUGCCGCCCCUCCCUGCAGGACUUGUGCAGAGCCCCAUCCCCAGGCGAGAAAGGAUGUACCCCCAGCAGGGCUGAACCACCCAGGCAGCCUGGACCAGCUAGCUGGAGUCUGAGGGCCCUUGCCCAGCCGCUCCCUGGUAGCAUCUGGUCUCAAUGAAGAGGUGGAAAAGGAAAGGUGAAAAUGUCUGUCAUGGCAUCCCUGCAAGCAGUGCAGGGAGGGGCAGCCCAACCCAGAACUGCCCUUUAACAUCAUUUACCAUCCCCAUCCCAGCGAGGCCUGGAGCCCCGCCGCACUGUGUGCUGCAAGAUGUGGUGUCCACCAUGAGGAGAAUGUGCUAUUUGGGGGUGCCACGUGCAGCUCAGGGCCCCAGCACACGUUUGUGCCGUGCCUGGUGACACCCGCUUGCAGCGCCUCGCUCACACUGACCAUGGACACAGCACUCCCAAAGCCCUGCUAGGCACAGGGCAAGGAGCCCCCUCACCCCCGAGUGCAGCCCCCUCCCUGGGGAGGGGUCUCUCCGUGCUGCACUGGACCAUCCUCCUCUCCACACACGCCUGCCGGUGAGAGGGAGGCUCGCACCAAGACUUCGGGGUGGGACAGACCAGUCAGUAGUUUUUGUAGA